UGCCUCUGGAUGUUAGAGAAGUCACUCGACUUAACAAGACAACACAAGAGGAGAACUGAACAACAAGAGCAAGAUCAUGUACAUGAGAUCAAACAGCGUUGUAUUGUCUUUACCGACAAAUAACUUUUUCCAGGAUAGUUUUCCUAUGGCCGCCGCGAUGCCGCGGAGCAAAGAGCCCGAGAUUUUUACCUUCGAGCAGGCUCCCGUGGAGGCUGCCCACAGACCCGCUGCAGUUCCCCGCCAGAGGAGGAAGAACACCCGGGUCAUGUACCCCUCGCACGUCCGCAAAUACCUUCCACCAACCGAGAAGAGCCCCGCCAAGCGCUGGCUGGUGAUCCUGUGCCUUGUGGUGUUCCUGCAGAUCUGGACCGAGGAUGGUGUCGUUGACUCGCCGACCGAUAGCGCAGUCAAGGAGUCGUGCGAAGAGACACCUUUCGCUCAGUACCAGGUCCUGGCGUUCCAGUCGGCAGAGGGAUUGGUGGAGGAGCAGGCUCGCCCAUUGUCGGAUGAGACAGAGCAAGAGCAAGAAGAACAGACCUCCGAGAACCAAGUGCUCAACACCACCUGUCUGAGCUGCACCGAGGAGAUCAAGUGCCCGCCAGAGCCCAGCACGAGCAACGGCUACGUCGUCGCCCUGCUCUACCCAGUUUACCACAGUCGGCUGGGGAGCGAGGACUGAAUUAAACUGAACUUGAACUAUCUCAGAGUCGACACACCAGUCGACUGAAAACUACAAACUACAGCACUGCCUCACCUGCUGGACACGCCAAGGUGACAAGUGAAGAAGACUCGGGCUCGCCGGUGAAGGCGCAGAGCGCAGAGAGCACAAGACGCAUAUUGAUGGCACUGACCGGAGUGUAUCAGAAUUACAGAUACGCACAAAUGAAGGGACUCUGAAGGGUCUGGUGGCUUAUUGCUGACCAUGUCUCUGGGAUGACACUUGAAUGGCUUAUAGAUAAAUACUUGAAUAUUACUUUGAAGGUAGAAAUGACAGUUGACUACAAACCCAAGCCUUACAAGUAGACCUACUUAUUGCAUAACUCUUGAAACCUGCUUGAUGAUGUCAUGUUUGACGUUUGUGUGUGUAAUAGCCUACUACUACCUAACUGACAGAACUUGAAUUAUUAAUUUCUUACUAAUAUUGUUGUCAUAUUUGUUUUGUUCCUGUGAAAAGAUGUUUAGUUAUUUAUUUAAUAUUUUAUUUAUUUAAUAUUUUGAUUGUAUUUAUUUGUGAGCACUUGAUGUUGAGCUCCUAUAUGAUGAAUUAAAUAUUUGAAACGUGAACUUAAUUUUGGUCUCUGAGUUU